UAUGACCCACACAUGGAUGACAUCUAACUCUGAACGAAAACAAACAACUAUAAUCCCAGCAGGAGUCACUGAGAGAUCCCAGGUAGGAAGUGGCUCAUUGGGUCCAUUAAUUCGGAUGACACCCGCCUACGGUGAGACCUGGACCAAUGGGUGGCUCCUGAACGCGUCUGUGAGACUUUCACUGACACUUUUAGCUUUUUGGUUGUCGCACAGCAAUCACUUCCAAGAGAGGACGCAUUUUUCUUUUGUUUAUUAUUAUUAUUUUUUUCACUUUAUCCUGUACAUGUUCUGUAUGUGUUUUUUACUCGUUCGACUAUGGACCGACCCAGCCUCCAGAGACUGUUUUCUGCCUGUGAUGUGGACAAGUCCGGCAAGAUCGAGUACGAGGACUUUACCGUCGUGUGCCGGGAGCUGUGCGUCCCCGAGGGGGAGAUCAAAACCCUGUUCGAUAAGUUUGACCCAGACGAAGACGGAUACAUCGACUACAGCAGCUUUUCCUCCAGGUUCCAGGAGGUCUCAGAGACUCUGGACUUGGCGUCGUUUGGCGCUGGGUCGUCCCAAAGCUGUCCGUGGGAAGAGUUUGUGGGCGGGAUAGAUGCGGCUUCUGUGCUCCCUGAGAGUCUCAAGGAGCAGCUGGCUGACCUGUACCAGGCCAUUCACUCCUCUGCAAACAUGACUCUGCUGCAGCAGUAUGAGGAAGUCAUCCACUCUCUGGUCAACCAAAGCCUGGACAACAGACUAGAGUGUGAAAAGCUGGAGACCAGUUUAAAGCGAGCUGAGGAGAUGAACAACAGUCAACUGACAGAACUGGAGGAGGAUAUACAGCAGCAACUAGCCAGAGUAGAGGAAAGGGUGCAAGAAGAGGAGCAAAAGAAAAUGGAGGGAGUUCUGGCGACCGUGCAGAGGAAGCACGAGAAUACGGUCACAGACCUGCGUGCAACGGUGGACAGACUUUUAAAGAGCCAAGAGGACUCUGAUUCCAACCAGUCAAAGGAAGAGGUGGUCAGACUGAACAGACAAAUCAGUGAUCUCUCACAGGAAAACGAGCAGCUGCGGACGUCUCUGGUGCAGGCCCAGACCGACAUCGCCAUCCUGCACACAGAGCUGGACAAGCUGAAGAACAUUUACGCAGACCAGAAAGCUCAGCACGAAAGAGAAACAGAGGAUUUGAAGAGGAUGCUUUUGGAGUAUCAGUCGUAUUCCAGUCAGAUACACAUUCUCCAGGAAACAAACAAAAAGCUGUACGACAGUAAUGACGGGCUGCGCUCCGCGUUGGCCAGCGCAGCUAAAAGGAGGCUGUCUCCCCAAAAUGAAAUCCCAGCCCGAAGGAUGAAACCCCUCCGACAGAGCACACUCAACCACAGCAGCUCGGAGCCAGAUCCCAGCAAAAUGACCUACUCUCAUGUGGCCACCUGGGCUGAUAAGUACCUGGACAGUGGAGUCUCGCUGCCGAUGGACACGGCUGAGAGCGAAGGCAGCGAUUACGACAGCGACGACAGCAGGAGCUCGACAGAAACUGUGCACCACAGUUACUCGUACGUCCCGUCUGAUGUGGAGAUAUCAGAAGUGAAAUCUGAAGCGACAGUGUCAGUGGCUCCGAGCAGGACAAACUCUAUUGCAUCAUCCCUACGAAGACGUUUGUCUGCAUUUUCCUCAAAGAAGCCUUUAGAAGCAGACAUAGUGGAAUCUGAAGAACCUGUUCCGAUGUUCCGUCUGGUUUUAGCCGGAGAUGCAGGAUCUGGAAAGUCCAGCUUCCUGCUGAGACUUACGCUCAACGAGUUCAGAGGAGACAUGCAGACAACGCUGGGAGUUGAUUUCCAAAUGAAGAGGAUGCUGGUGGACGGAGAGAAGACGAGCCUGCAGAUAUGGGACACAGCUGGGCAGGAGAGGUUUCGUAGCAUUGCCAGGUCCUAUUUCCGUAAAGCUCAUGGAGUCCUGCUCCUCUAUGAUGUCACUUCAGAAACCAGCUUCCUGAAUGUCAGGGCGUGGGUGGAUCAGAUCCAGGACUCAGCAGAGGAGAAAAUCCCCAUGUGUGUUAUUGGAAACAAGGUGGACCUGCGAGAGCAGCUUCCAGAGGGAAGCUGUGUGAGGAGUUUGCACGGAGAGAAGUUGGCCAAGGCAUACGGCGCCUUGUUCUGCGAGACAAGUGCCAAAGAGGGAACGAACGUCGUCGAGGCCGUGCUUCAUCUAGCGAGAGAGGUAAAGAAAAAUGUCAAACUGAGGCGGCAGUCAGAAUCUCAGGUCAGACUAAGUCCGUCCAACCCAAAGAAGAAGCUAAACGCCUGCUGUGGACUGUAGAUCGAUAUCAGUCGAUAUGACGGAGCAAUGAAGGACACCAAGUGAUUUUUAUUUUUGUGAUGAAGAGCAUAUUUUUUUCCUGCAAGAACUUUUUAAGCAUUGAAAUAUUUAACUCUCAAGCCUCAAAUAUAUAUUUCUCUGAUCAAAAUGAAGAUUUCUGUUAAUGGAAAACAUGCAUACACGUGAAAUGCAAAUAAUGUAAUCAUGCUUAUAUUUUUCUUAGGUUUUUGUAUUUAUACGGUAGUAAAGUAAUUUUAUGAAGUAAAUAAAUAAGGAACAAUAAUUGAGA